AUGGGAGACAAGAAAAAUGAAUCUUCAACUUUCACCAAGGCUUUCCUCCCAAGACCGUCCUGGCAAGCCAUGCGACCAGAUAGAGAAGUCCCGAAACCAGACAUCUUCGACGAGGUCCAACUAGGCAAUUACGUCUCAAAAACAGAUGCCAAAAUCGCCUACCAAGUAUGGUCCCUCCCAGAUCGAGCCCUCGGCAAAGCAUGGCGCCGACACAAAGACCGGCCCUACCCUCACAGCACCGGCGAUCCAAACGCCCAGGUCCUGGUGCACAAUAUAUACGAACACCUGAUGAGCGAUCCACUCCUCCCCGUGGCGCGCGAAGAUGCAGAGUCCAAAUUUGAAGCAGACGGCCUAGAAAAAGAUUGGGAAACCUCAGGAAUAAUCGAGGAACACAGAAAUGAGAUCAUCGGUGAAAGCGCGCUCAAGGAUCUGAGAUCGUGGUCCUCGUCCUCUAUCAGACGGUUGUUGGUGGCACGAGGCGUAUCGGCCGACGGGGAUAAGAGGGCUCUCAUUGAGCGGGCGGGAAAUACCGAACUAGCAAGAUACUGUGGGAUAAUGCCUCAAAGCGAUCUGAAGCAGUGGAAUAGAAAGACAACAGGGACGGAAGGGAAGACUCAAUCGGCGGACAAUGGAGGCCUGGCGCCGCGAUAUGAGCUCCAGCCGUUCGAAAAUGAGUGGAUGACUACCCUUGACAUGUAUACCUUUGCCGUCCACCUGAGUCCCUAUAACUCAGCCUACUGGACCAGUCGCGCAUACUGUCAUUACCAACAAGCGUACUUUGACCUAGCAUUGGGCGAUGCAUACCGCGCAAAGAUUCUCUGUGAUGUGUUGACCAACGACAACGAACGCAGUCGACGACCAGGUCUCUAUCCGCGAGUCUGGCAUGCAAUUGAACAGCAUUUACUGGUUCAACCUCGUAUAGAUGGAGCCCUCAAGCCAGAAAUUCAGAAAUUAAGAGAGCGAGGCCCGAGGUACUUUGUCAACAGUCUCCUCAAAACGCUGGACCAUAUAAUCACUCUCAGUUUAAUGGCGCUGAACAGCUGGUUCGAUCUGAAUGAACAAUACACCUCCCUGGGAUCGAAUAUGCUGAUGGUGCAGAACCGAGAUGUAGAGGUUCCCAAGAUUCUCAAGGAGAUCAUCGAAACUGUAGAACAGGAUCGACAAGAGAAAAAGAAGAGUGACAAGCACUUGUUCUGGCACGAGCGUUUCCAGGGCAGUGUCUCAGCUGAGAAAACCUAUCCCUACGAGCCCAUGCAAGUGGAUCGUACAGUGCAGGACUUCGUCGACACGGUUGAUUUGAAUAUUUUCGGCAACGACGAUUAUUUGACAAAGAAAUGUCAGGUUCUUGCCAAGAAAGUGAACUCACUGGGGGUCUUCGCGACAAGAGAUAUCAACAGGGGGGAAUUACUACACAACGAAGAACCGACAAUCCGAAGCCAUCUUCAGCCCCGCCGAAUGGAGAAAGAUGAAACCGCCGUUCAGGACGAAAGAAGAUGUGAAAACUGCAUGCGAAAGCUCGACGUCGGCGCGGCGACUCGGUUCUCAAUCUAUGCCUCAACUAAAUUCGAACGAUGUCCCUGUUUCCCAGUUGGGAGAACUGCUCCGGGUCCCGAUGACCGGGUCUUUUGUAGAUCUGCAGAGCAAAGCAAGAGCAAAGCCAACAACAAUACUGAGAAAUCUUGUCUGCAGAUCGCGAGCAAGCAGCACCACUUUGGAAGCUGUGGCAAAGAUUGGUCAUGGCUACACAACAGCAUGAGGCCCGUUAUCAGGAAAUGGCAGGAUAGAGAGUAUUUAGUGCAGUGCAAUGAUAUGCGGGGCACGAUGCACAGUCUUCUGCUGCGGAACAUAUUCGAAAUAACACUGCACCGCCGCAAAGACGACCCAUACCUGUCUCCACUGGAAAUCAACGAGCUCCUCAUUCUCAACGCGAAUGACAACAGGGAAGAUUGGUUUCCAUUUUCGUAUACUGGCAACGUGACCGUCCCGUUCGAUAUCCUGACUUAUCUGGGCGUUGAUAUCUUCCGAGAUCUCUCAUUCGACACAUGGGUUAUUCAAAGCAUCAUGCGCAAGCUGCUCAACUAUGCUAUUCCGUGGGAUGAGGAGCGCCGAGGCGAAGGACCCGAAAUCUUACCUGCUGACAGUUUCAAGGGACCUAAGGACCCAGAGGAACAAGAUACGAUGCUGAAGGCCAAGAAAUCCUUCAAAGACCAUGACCCCUCGUUCAUGAACAUGUAUCUGUUCCCAGGCUUCAGUCUCUUCCGAACAGAAGUAAGCGGGAACGCGAGCUGGGGCUAUGAUACCGAAGUCCCCAACCGCAUACUAGUAUGGGCAAAGAACGACAUCAAAGAGGGCGAAGAAAUCAUCAUCCGAGAACCCUGGUGCAGGAAUGAUACAAACCAGCUCUGCACGGAGAUCUUGAGAAAAGAGAAAAGAAAAAUGAGCGCCACCGAAUCAAGCACCGAAAGCCGCCAUGCGAACAAGAAAAGAAAAACGGAUCACCCAGCGGCUGAAAACCCCAUUGUGCCAUCAGGAAGAAAGAGAAAAGCGCCCACCAACGACCCAGAAGCAGCAGCUCAAGCAUCCGCCAAAAGAACAAGGGUGGAGGUCAAACAGUUCCAUCCCCAAAAAGGCGCUGCAAAGAUCCCCGCGGAAGCGGAGACGAAGUCUACCAAAAGGAAACGAAACGAAUAUAUCAAGUCCGACGGCAUCACUCUGGACUUCUACGAGAUUCCCGAAGACCAGGAUCCUCCGGCUGGGAAAAAGCGUCGUCUGGCACUGCUUAACAAGUUCCGGCCGCCAGAAGAUUUCCAGCAUGAGAAGUGGGCUAAGGAACUUGAGAAUAUAGAGGCAAAGCGCUUUGAGUCGGGUGAGGAGAGGAGAGCGAGGAUUCAGAGGCUUAAGGCGGAGCGGUUGGUUCGUUAUAGGCAGGAGCAGAGGGAGAGGAUUGACGAGAGGGAUAGGCGGGAUGGGAGGCCUGUUCGAAGGAGGAAUCCUCUUUGUUAUGAUUUUACUUAG